GAGCCUCUCUGCCACUUCCCACCGGUCUCCGCCGUCGCCUUCCCCGACCUCGUCUCUGCUCUCCUCGCGGCCAUCUCCCGCUGGUCUCCGCCGUCGCCUUCCUCCCCAUCGUCUCGUCACCGGCGUCGGCGUUCCACUCCGAUCUCCCUCAGGUGCUUUCCUUCCCAUAGAUCUCUGAAAAAGAGAGAAAUGAAAAGAAGAAAAAAGGGAAAGAAAAAAAAGACUUACCCAACACAAAACCCCAGCCACCGUCUAAGCUUCCUAUUCGGCCACUCCAAGCCUCCCACCCGGUUGGGACUCAUGAAGAUGGAAAAACUGAAGGGAAAACUGGGGAAAACAUAGGAAAAAUGAACGAAAACAAAGGAAAGACGGAAAAAGAGAAAGAAAUGAAAAGAAAAAUAAGCCAAAAAAAAAAAUCAAUCUAUGUAGGACGAGGUAAGAGUUUUUCGUCUUUCCCUUCUUUUCAUUGAUUUUCUUAUGUUCCCUAUGCUUGAGAAUAAACCCUAAUCGGAACCUGAGAAACCCUUCCCAUCUCCCUUAGGUGGUCUCCUUCCCGCAGAUCUCCGAAAAGGAGAAAGAAAUGCAAAAAAAUGAAGAGAAGAAAAAAAAAAGAUCAAUCUAUGUGGAAAAGAUAAAAUAUGGGACAACUUUUACUUCAUGGAUGGAAGCUGAUCUCAAGGGGUUUUUCUUCUUUGACUCCACACCCACUCCGUGUCUGCAUUGUUGGUAGUGGCCCUGCUGGGUUUUACACGGCUGAAAAGAUGUUGAAGGCUCUUGAUGGAGCGGAGGUUGAUAUCCUAGACCGGUUGCCAACACCAUUUGGAUUAGUUCGUUCAGGGGUGGCACCAGAUCAUCCAGAAACAAAGUUAUCUCACUUACCAGAAACUUGGAAACAGAUAGUGGUAAACCAAUUCUCUCGGGUUGCUGCAAAUGAGAGGUGCUCAUUCUUUGGAAAUGUAAAUCUUGGAACUACUGUUUCUCUCUCAGAUCUUUGCAAGAUGUAUGAUGCAGUCGUGCUUGCUUAUGGUGCUGAGAGUGACAGAUAUCUUGGUGUGCCAGGAGAAGACUUGGGAGGGAUAUACUCAGCUAGAGAGUUCGUAUGGUGGUAUAAUGGGCAUCCGGACUGCUCUAACGUGUCACCUGACUUGAAAAACACAGAUACAGCUGUAGUCCUUGGUCAGGGUAAUGUAGCUCUUGAUGUUGCUCGUAUUCUUUUGCGACCUAUAAACGAACUGGAAACAACAGAUAUCGCUGAGCAUGCUUUAACUUCCCUUCGUGAGAGCACCAUAAGGAAGGUGUACUUGGUUGGGAGAAGAGGUCCAGUGCAGGCAGCUUGCACUGCAAAGGAACUUCGUGAAAUUCUUGGUAUCAAAGAUCUACAUGUUUGCAUCCAGAAAGCUGACCUACUUACAUCUGCAGCCGACGAGGAAGAAUUAAAGAAAGGUAGAAUACAACGAAGAGUUUAUGAGUUAUUUUCCAAAGCAGCAACUUCCCAUCAACAACAUGAUAUUGUUGGCCAGCGAGAACUCCACUUCAUGUUCUUCAGAAAACCUGACAGAUUUUUGCCUUCAGAGAGUGGUAACACUGUAAGCGGUGUGCGCCUUGAGAAGACAUGUUUGAAAGAAAAUGGUGCUUCUGGCAAACAGGUGGCAGUAGGAACCGGACAGUUUGAAGAUCUCAAAUGUGGGCUGGUGUUGAAAAGCGUUGGUUACAAGUCAGUACCAGUUGAUGGAUUACCUUUUGAUGAAUAUAGAGGUGUAGUUCCUAACAUGAAAGGCAGAGUUCUAAGCUUGGAUCAGGCAGAGCAUGCAAUUGUUGAGAAAGGCUUGUAUGUUACUGGUUGGUUGAAAAGAGGACCGACUGGGAUCAUUGCUACAAAUCUAUACUGUGCUGAAGAAACUGUUGCAAGCAUCCUGGAAGAUUUCAAGAAUGGGUUACUCACGCCCAGUUCAGGCUCACCCAAACCGGGAAGACAGGGGCUCCUCCAAGUUUUAGAAAAUAAGAAUGCCAGAUUUGUGCCAUUCAGUGGAUGGGAAAAGAUAGACACGAAAGAAAGGAUGGAGGGUGAGCUGAGAAACAAACCGAGAAAGAAGAUCACGACAUGGGAAGAGCUGCUGCUGGCUGUUGAUGGAUGACGGGCAGAGAGACAUAUCUAACUUAUUUUUGAGGAUUUUGAAACAAAGCACGUGCUGCAGGAUACUGGCUGAAACACACGGGACUCAGCACCAAAAAAUUCAAAUUUUUGUAGUAGGCCGUUUGUAGAAGUCCUUUUGAUUUUUGUUUUCCAGAUGGUCACACCCUUUUUCUCCACCCCUUAAUUUUUGGGUUUCAUGGGCUACACGAUAGGGAGUCAUCCCUGAAGAGAGGUUACAUGAGUUAAGGCAAAUAAGAAGAACAUACCACCACCGAAGUUAUUUGGACACAAAAGCCCAGAGGCAAGUGGCAUGUUUAUAGAGCUUUUUAUAUUGGCUAUUCCAUAUUGAAGGAUUAAUACUACAUAAGUUAAAGUUGAAAAAGGCUAUUUACUCGA